GACGUUGCCAAUCGACGCUAGCCCACAACACACAGGUCCGGUGGCUAAAUCAAGUAAAUGCUUCACCUGCAAGAUUUCAGGCUGCGGUAGACCAUGGUAGACUCGGCCAGUGCAGGGUACUGGGUAGGCUAGCCCAUGGCCAUUCCGAUUAUUCCGAAGGUUCCACACACAGGUCUAUGGGAAAUGUCGAAAUACUUCGAAGUAAUAAUAAUUGUCUUUACCAUUCGGAAACUUUGUGCAAGGUGAAACUGAUUAUUCCUGGACCUACUCAGCACUGGACACUGAGAAAAGCGGACACCGCUAUUGCAGCGCAGGAAGAACUAGUCUCAAUGCCAACAGCUCUGCAAAGACUGCUGUACAGUGAGCAGUACAUGUAUGCUGGACAUCCGUCAUCGCCGGGUAAGGACUAAAGCCAAGGCCAAGGGCAAUCUGAACAAGUGCACUGCGCUCUGAGGUUUUCAUGAGCUAACCGUUCUGCUAAAGCCAGUAAGUAAAAAGGCUGUGUCGGAGCUGUGCUGUCGUGAAACGUCGGAUCCGUUUUGCUGUAGCGGUGAUUACUAGUGCUACCCGCUAGCCUGAGUAGCAGUCCCACUAGCCUGUGAGGCUGUGUAGCAGUCCCAGCACAAUCACGACGUCAGUGUGCAUUUUACAGCUGUUGCAUGGCUGUUUGAGGGCUCUUGUGGGUGGUGUUCAUGAAUGAGACAAAGUCAGCCUGGCCCAGUGGAUGUUCAUGAGUGAGGCAAAGUCAGUGUGGGAAAUGACACGAGCACAUACACUGUGCAUGUACAGGUAGGUGCCUAUCUAACAUUACAUACGGCACUGGGCACACGUCAGUACGAACGCUGUGCGUAAUUGGAGCGGCAGCCAGGAUAGAAAAUAGCGAGUAGAGUACUGGCCGCCGCGCAGUGUGUUGCAUUGGCUCGAGGACGGCCACGUGUACGAUGGACGGUCACAGCUUGCUGCAUUCGGUCUCACUGGAACCGUCCGAGGGUGACCGUGAGAGUUUGACUGAUGGUGUGAGAGUUCAGCGGCGACAGCAGCAACCGAUGUCGUACCAGCAGUACCAUGAUGAAGCACAACAACGAGCGGCAGCACCCACCAGCACCAACACCAUGACCAACUCAUCAUCAUCAUGGCACUGGAAAGCCAGCGCCGAGCUGCGCCAGAGGCAGGUGUCGACGGUGAGGCGCUCCCAGCUGCCCAUUGCGGCCAUCGUCGCCAGUCUCGUGUGCACCGCCUUCGUGCUGCUGGCCGGCAAUGGCACGACGGAGAUGCUGUUUGUGGAGCUGCGGAUGCUGCGCGGACUGCUGCUUCUGUUGCUUCUACUCUUCCUGCUCUCUAUCAACAUAGUCGUGUGGCGUAAGUAUAACAUUGAAUACAGGCGUAUACUAUGCCUGGACGAGCCAUUGCCAAGCUGCUACUGUAUAGGGAAACGCCGCCGCGGUGGACAGUUGGAAAUGAAUGGAGCGGCACGCAGCAUGGGUGGCAGGGAUGGCGAUGGCGAUGAUGACUGUGAUGAAGGCGUUCCGGUGGUUGCCAAAGUAGCCAGUGUUCUAUCAAUCCUGUGGAUUAUCACCGUACUGAUCGUGAUCUACACGUGGGAACUCGACGGUCUGACCACGGUCAGCCAGCAUGCACCGUUCACACUGUGGCUGCUGUGUGCAACGCUAUUCUGCCUGCCCGUGGACGUGCUCUACAUGCAAAGUCGCUUCUGGCUGUGCCGUAAGCUGUGGCGCAUCAUCACGGCACCCUUCCACCCGAUUCGCUUCGUCGACACCUGGGUAGCGGAUCAGCUGACCAGUCUGCCGCUAGUCUUCCUCGACUUUGAGUACACGUUCUGUCAGGUUUCCCAAGUGCAUUGGCUUGGUGGCUACCUUGACGAUCAGAGCGUCUGCUUAAAUCCCACCAUCGGCGCUAGGCAGGUAAUCAACAUUCUGCCAUCCUGGUUUCGACUGGCCCAGUGCCUACGUGCGUUCUACGAUACUCGCAAGAAGGCGCACCUGCUGAAUGCUGGAAAGUACUUCUCCACGUUUCCCGUCAUCGUCGCUGCCUCCCUGGUCGCCGAGGCGCGAGAGAGCCGACACGACUACUACACGCUGGCCAUAUUUGAUCUCUGGCUGGCGCUGGCGCUUAUCCACGCCGUCUACGUGUUUGCCUGGGACAUCGUGAUGGACUGGGGCCUGUUUCGCUACCAGGGCACGAGCGUGUCGGUUCUGCGGCCAUGCCUGCUGUACCGCCGUCGCUGGCUCUACUACUGUGCCAUGGUGCUCGACAUCGUGCUCAGGUUUGCGUGGACCAUGAAGAUGUCGCUCAACGUCUCCAUCUGGUUCGGCUCCGACAUGCUGCUGCUCUUCCUGGGUGCCAGCGAGCUGGUCCGCCGCUUCGUCUGGAACUUCUUCCGCCUGGAGCACGAGCAGGUGAAGCACUACGAGUCUCUCCGGGACACUCUGGGGGGCGCAGGCAAUGAAUCAUCGCCAGGUGAGAGCUAUGUGAACGGUAUCAGUCUUGAAACUGAUGAGGAUGCUGCUGAUGCUGAAGUUGACGAUAACGAUGGUUUGUAGCUAAUCCUCAGCAAAGUCCUGCGUAGCUGCAGGUGUUGUUAGUAACCAAUAAGUUUGUAUCAACUGGAGCAGAACCCACUGGAGCAGUAUAUUCAAUAAUUAUAAGAAUUGAUAAACGGCGAGAUAAUUCUCACACUUGACAUGUAACGUCGACAUAAUAAUUAUAUCAAUCAAGUUGUAACUAAAUUGAGACCAGUCCACUUGUCUUGAAGCCGCAGAACAAAGUCUGUGUCUGUACAACAUAAGUACAGUCAUACUAGUAAGUGAAUUUUACCCCCCCCCCCCCCCUCCAAUUUACUCGGUCCUGACGGCCGCUACCUCCUAAAAACACUUAUAAAAUGCAGAUGCAGGUUGCAGAGAUAAAGCUCACUAAGUCUCGUGCAUGACCACUCCGACACUGGCACUGUGGCAAGUGUCGAUCAGGGAAAGCCCCAUUACUGGCAUUAGCCACAUUCACAUGCUCCUGUACAACACAGCGCACUUUAAUUUGAAGCAAUCUAGCCGAAAUCACACUGAGAUCAAUCUAACUGUUGAAAUCAAGCAACAUUGUAAAUAUUGUUGUGAUCACCAGUAACCUAGCUCAAGCCAUUCAAUAUAUUGCUGACGACAUUACUGUGCAGUUAUGCUUUCUAGUUGUGAAAUGUGACAUGACCUUCUGAUGACAAUACUUAUCUGUGAUGCUAUUCCAUAUGAAUCCUACUGGCUAGGAAUUUGAUAAACAGUUUCUGUUGAUAUUACCGCGCAUCACAUGUACUAGCAAGUAACUCCUAAAUGCCAUAGCAGCAAGAGAUAAAAAAAUAAUAAUUAUUAGUAAUUCACUGAUCAUCAACUCCCUCAACUAGAGUGACUAUGUUAUGCCUUGGA